CAUGGCAGCGCCCUGAAGCUCUUCUAUGACAAAACACUUGUACGUUCCGCUCUGAAAAGGAGCCCGGAAGUCUUGCUGUGCUAACGAAGAAUGCUUGCCUUUGCAGCUGAAUCAGAUCACUGCGUAUUGCCGUUUUUGCAAAGAUGAAGUGGAAAGGAAGAUGAAAAAAUGCCCAGAGCAACAGCAGUCACUGUUACUGUGGCUACCCUGUUUGGCAUUGCAGCAGGAGGUCUAGCCUUCUGGAAGGUCAUACAGCGUUGGAAACGUAAAACUUGCAUUACACUUAACCAAGGAGGAGCUGUUAAGGAAUGGGAAAGGGAAGAUAUCUCAAAAGACAUUUUUCCUUCAUUUUUAUCUUCUCCCACAAUUUCUUGGCUGGAGGAGAUUCUUGAGGCAAAAGUAAUAAUCAUUUCUGAGGUAGAGAAGUGGAAUGAAGUGGAACCCUUAUUAAAGAAAGAGUUGGAAUGUUGCCCAGUCCUUGGAAUUGACUGUGAGUGGGUGUCAGUGGAAGGAAAGAAGGCCAAGCCUGUUUCUCUCUUACAGUUGGCUGCUUGUAAUGGACUUUGCCUUCUUCUUCGUUUGCCCCAGCUGACCAGUGGGGGACAAGUUCUUCCAAAGACUUUGCUGGAAGUUCUGGCAGAUGGCAAAAUCCUAAAAGUUGGGGUAGGAUGUUGGGAAGAUGCCAGUAAGCUAUUUCAUGACUACAGUGUAGCAGUCAAAGGGAAUGUGGACCUCCGGUAUCUUGCCCUAAGACAUAGUAAGACCUUCCCCACAAAUGGGCUCAGCCUGAAAUCUCUUGCGGAGAGGCUUCUCCAAUAUUCGCUUGACAAAUCUCUACACUUGUGCUGCAGCAAUUGGGAAGCAGAGCAGUUAACUCAAGAACAGAUUGAUUAUGCUGCCCGAGAUGCACAGGUGUCAGUAGCUUUGUUCCUCCACCUGUUGAAAUUUCCCUGCCUCCCUUGGGCAUCAGAUGGUGGACAUGUUCUUCCUGCUUGGGAAAAGGUCCUGAAGAAGUGUCAGGGCUUGGUGGAUGUACCCUUCAAGGGAAAAAACAACAACAGCUUUGGGGAUGAUGAAAACACAGGAAAUGUGGAGCAAACCCCUCAGUAUCAGAAACUUCCAUCUCAUGGAUCCUCCCCCAUCAACCAGCAAGUGAAAGAUCCUUGGAAGCACAAACGGAAGCCCCUGGGAGUAGGAUAUUCUGCCAGGAAAUCUCCCUUGUAUGACAAUUGCUUCUUGCAUGCUCCAGAUGGACAGCCUUUAUGUACGUGCGAUCGCAAGAAAGCCCAGUGGUACCUUGACAAAGGCAUUGGAGAAUUGGUAAGCAUGGAGCCGUUUACUGUGAGGUUACAGUUUGAGCCCGCUGGACGCCCUGAAUCAACCAUGGAUUAUUACUUGACAGUCAAAGAAAAUCUGUGUGUUGUAUGUGGCAAAAAAGAAUCUUAUAUUCGAAAGAACAUUGUACCUCACGAGUACCGAAAACACUUUCCCAUCCAGAUGAAAGACCACAAUUCCCACGAUGUGCUCCUUCUCUGCACUGCGUGCCAUGCGCUCUCUAAUUACUAUGACAAUCAUCUCAAGCAACAACUGGCUGAGGAAUUUGGUGCCCCUAUUGGUUGCGAGGAGGGCGUCCGCUUGCUCGAAGAUGCCACCCGCAGACAAGUCCGCUCGGCUGCUAGAGCUCUCGUGAAUGCAGACAGCCUCCCUGCUGCCCGGAAAGAAGAGCUGUUGCAGCUGAUCAGGGAUUACUUUGCCUCUGGCAUGGUUUCCCCAGAGAUGGUGCAGGAAGCAGCUGGACUGGAAACCAGGAUUUUUAACGAGAGCUAUGUGCCACAUGGCCUGAAAGUGGUCCAGUGUUUUGCUCAAGGGGGUUUACGUUCCCUCAUGGAGCUGGAAAAACGUUGGCGCCAGCACUUCUUGGAUGUUAUGCAGCCCAAGCAUCUCCCAGAGCAGUGGUCUGUUGAUCAUAAUCAUGACAAGCUGAUCCGGAAAUAUGGAGAGACUCUCCAGAUUGAACUUUCAUGAAGACAACUGAGGAUGAAGAAACAAGCGAUGGAACUGGAAAAUAUAACAGAUUUCUUAUUUUCCUUCCCCUUCAUGUUGGGAUCAACAAGAUUCUGCUCAGACUGCUAUAUUGCAUAGGAAAUUUCACCAGCAUCACUAGUUAAAACUAUUUUAAGCUAAAAAGUGGUUUUAAGGUUUUUAAAAUUAUUUUAAAUUACAAUUUGAAUGAAUGUGUUUUAUAAAGACCACCAUAGCCAAAUCUUCUUAGGAAGGGCCUCUGCUACAUAAGUGGACAACCUCUAGGCUUUCACAUGUUGCUUCUGAAGUGCAGUACUAUACCCAUCAUGUCAUCAUCAGCCAUGGGGACAGAAAAUAGAAAGCAUCUGGAGCGUUUCAGGUUGCCACCCCUGUUUUAUCUUGAAGAUACCAUUAAGGGGGAAGGAGAGCAUCAGGUUUUUUUUAAGUGGAUUGAUUUAUCUAACAGCAUUUAUAUAUCGCCCAAAGUCCACCCUUAGCCAUUAAAACUCAUUGGGUAACUUUGGGGCAGUCACUAUCUGUCAUGUCACCUACUUAUGUGGCCCAAGGAUAAAGAUAAGGGGGCAAAGAGCUUGUUUCAAGUUCUUAUUUCCUCUGGUGGAAACUUGAAUUGUUUUAGUUUUAUUCUGUUGGAACAUAAGACAUUCAAAAUGUUUCAGUGGAAUGUUCCAAGUGGGGUUAUUUUCUUCUGAGCUCAAAUACAGUAUCUUCCCAUUUUAUUCAUAUCCCUACAUUGUGUCUCUCUGAUCCCCUUCAAAAGAACAUUGAAACUUAAAUUUGUGCUACAGUUGGUGGCAACUUCUGAUAGGUGUCUUUACAGCUUGGAGGAAAAGACUAGUUUUUACUGAAGUGUUGAAUCUAGCUGGGCAUUUACCACCUUAGAUUUUAAGUAGAUGCCAAUAUGAUAGCAUGUGAUGAUUGGGAGUAUGUCUUGUGAUGUUAUCUGGUACUCACUGAGCUUGGAAACUGAGAAAAUGGCUAAGAUUCCCUGUGGUAUCAAUGCUGUGACUUACGAGUUGGAUUCAUGCCCCCCCUUGGGGGCUUUGGUGUGUGAAGAAGUUGUGAGUGUUUGGAUUUGAGAGGUGGUGAUUGCUUCUUUGAGAGAGGUUCUGAUGGUACUACCCUUGAAAAAAGCAGUGGUGAUCCAGCCUUAUUUGACACUACUGCUCUUUCAACUUUCUCCCAGCUUCAGAGGAUCCUAGAUGAAGCAGAUUAUCUGGAUCCCAUUCACUCUGGAUUCAGACUUGGCAUGGGACAGAAAUAACAUUGGUGUCAAGCUCUUAACAGCAGAAUACAAAUCCAGCAAAAAAAACAA